UAGUCAGGAACAUAAAUCUGCUUCAAACCGAAACAACAAAAUGGUCCCACAGAGUGAGAGUCCAGCCCUGUUCGAGGACAAUUUCGUUGCGGAGUCCCAUACUGUCCCUGAGAAUUGUGAGCAUAGUCGCUGUGGCCAGAGCCAGACUGCCCUGGAGGUAUACGAGAGAAUUCUAAGGCGUCUACAGUCACAGCAGGAGGCCUAUGCCUCAAGGGUCGACGAAGCCGCUUUGAUAAAGCAAAUUUGGAUUGCCAGCUUUACAGGAAACCGACUGCAAUAUCGAAUGUAGGAGAUCAAAGAUCGAUUAUUAAAGAUUUAGGAAAUAAUAUAGCCAUAUUUGUGAAAAUCCAA